AUGCCUGUUUCGCAUAUCACCCUGACCGUCUCUCACCUCCCAACCUCCACCUCUUUCUUCUUAUCAUGUUUACAGCCAUUGGGAUACCAAUUCAUUGGCAGGCAUGACGACUAUAUAGGGUUCGGUCAGAAGCAGGGGGAACCUGCUGAUUUCUGGAUGACCGAGACUAAGCCUGGAUCUCCUCCUGGUGCAGUCCAUGUCGCCUUUCCAGCCCCGUCGAAAGACGCAGUCGGCUCGUUCUUCAUAAGCGCCCUAAAAGCGGGCGCGAAGAUCCACGGCGAACCCAAGAUGCGAGAUUCGCAAUCGGGGUACUUCAGUGCAGCCGUCAUCGACUUCGACGGCAACAGCAUUGAAGCUGUGUACCGGCCCAGCAAUGCCUCGCUUAUAUCAGAGGCUAGCGGUCCGACGAUGGCUCUUCUGGAGGGUUCCAGCCGCUCUGUGGUCUCAAAGGCAAGCAGCAAAGCUAGCACGAUCAAGACAGAGAGCAUCGCACCCCCCAGGUCUGAGGCCAUGUCCGAAACCAGAUCCGUGGCAAGGUCUGAGGCAAGGUCUGAGGCAAGGUCUGAAGCCAGAUCUGAAGCCAGAUCUGAAGCAAGAUCUGAAGCAAGGUCCGAAGCUCGAUCUGAGGCCCGAUCAGAGGCCAAGUCUCGUGCCAUUUCCAAGGCACCUACAACCUAUGAGCGGUCUGCACCAACAGUCGUCUCUCGCCAAUUCCAAGCCCCACCCCCGCCGUCAUACACCAUGCAAGCUCCCGCACCGCCACAAAGCGACGACGGCAGCAAAGCAGCGAAGACUAUCGUGGGCACGCUCCUUGGCGCCGCGGCAGGUGCCGCCAUCGCCUACGCAAUGGUCAAAGGCGACUCCCAGUCAACGAUCCAGGAACCCGAACAGCCAAUGCAGUUCGCAAGCAGCUUCCCCCAACUCAAAGCCGCGGCGCAAUCCUUCUUCGGCAACGACGACCAACAAUCCCAAUACCGCGCCAUCGAAGCACCCCCACCACCUCGCAGCGCCUACACCACCGCCUCAAACCCACGCUCAACCCUAACGCGCAGCGUAACCUCCAAGAACCCCCGCGCCAGCACAAUCUACGACGGCACCGAGUACAUGCACGACAACCCCCGGCGCGCCUCAGAAGGCAGCAUCUACAGCAUCCCAGAAGACAUCCCGCUCCGGGCAAUCGAGUACCCACCGGCCAGCAACGCCUCCCAGCAACGCUACGCCUGCGCGCCCUCAACCUUCAUCAGCAGCUUCCACGAAGAGAAGACCCGCGGGCCAAGCAGCGUGCACAGCUCGUCAACGAUCAAAGCGUCGCAGAGCACACACCGACGUAACAGCCACGACGACCACGACGGGUACGAGUCGACUGUCUCGCAGCGCUCGCACAAGAGCCAGCAAAGCACGCACUCGUACCGCGCCGCCUCGGUGCGCUCUUCCUCGCACGUCGGCAAGGACAACGGUAGCGUUGCAUCGUCUUCCCGCUCGGCGCGCAAUAUCCCCCUCCCCGCUGGCUCAAGCGCUACAUACUACUCCAGUUCGAGUAUCCACAGCAAGGACGGUGGGAACUCGUAUCUGUCUGCAAGGAAUGUCCCGCUUCCCGAGAGCGUGGCGGAUCUGGAUGUUGACUCAGUGGUCUCGCCGGAUGACUCCAUUAGUCAGGUUGGAUCGCAUACGCAUCGUCAUCGGUCGCAUCGGUCGAAGAGUUCUAGGGCUGAUGACCACGGGGAUGGGGCGAGUCAGGCUUCCAAGGCCAGUCAGAGAACUGUUAAGGCUGGAGAAGGGUCGAGGGCUGGGAGUCGACGGGGGAGUCAGGUUGUUUGA